AUGGUGCUCAAUACGUACUUUCCACCAGAUUUUGAUCCCACAAAACUACCUCAGACGAGUAGAUAUUGUAAGAAAGUACAACGGGUAAUAAUGAAGCUUCCAAUGAGUAUUUGGUGCAAAAAUUGUGGGAAUCACAUCAACAGAGGAACCAAGUUUAAUUCCCGUAAAGAAGAUGUAGCCGCCGGUGAGACGGAUUUAGGGAUUCAGAUUUCUAGGUUCUACUUCAAGUGCAACAGAUGCGAUGCUGAAUUGGUUAUGAAGAGUGAUCCAAACCAUUCAGAUUAUAUUUUUGAGUUUGGAGCAACCACAAAUUUCCAGCCUCUCCGUUCUGAGGAUGAGGUGGUGCUGAAAAGAACUCCAGAAUUCAAGAGAUCAGUACACAGCCCAUUGGACAUCAUCGAUGCUCUUGAAAAGUGGAGGCAUGAUGCUGCUCAGAAGGAAAACGAAAAGCCAUUGGCGGCGCAGGAGAAAAAGUUCAUAUUAUAUCUCUGCUAA